GCAGCGGAACCCCCGUACAUGCAGCACCAAAGAUCCGCUGAGACUCCGGAGGGGAUGCACAAAUUCCUGGAGCUAUCCAAGCUGGUGAUCAUGGCCGGGACUGUCAUGCUGGCCUACUACUUCGAGUACACCGACACCUUCAGCGUAAACGUGCAGGGCUUCUUCUGCUACGACACAACCUACACUAAACCCUACCUGGGACCGGAGGACAGCAGCGCCGUCCCGCCCGUCCUGCUAUACGCCGUGGUGGCCGGGCUGCCCACACUGCUGAUUACAAUAACAGAGACCGUGCUGUUCCUGGUCCAGUACACAUCCAAAGAGUUUGACCGGUCAGAGAAGACGGUGGCCACUGGGGACUGCUGUUACCUCAACCCACUGGUGCGCAGAACCUUCCGGUUCCUUGGAGUCUACAUCUUUGGUCUCUUCACCGUUGACAUCUUUGUCAACGCAGGCCAGGUAGUGACAGGAAACCUUGCUCCCUACUUCCUAACGGUCUGUAAACCAAACUACACGGCACUAGGCUGCCAGCAGGCUCUGCGCUACAUCAGCCACCAGGAGGCCUGCACAGGAAACCAAGACGACAUCCUGCAGGCACGUAAAACCUUCCCAUCUAAGGAGGCUGCACUAAGUGUCUACGCUGCACUCUACCUGGCUAUGUAUGUGACCUGCACGGUGCAGGCGAAGGGCACUCGUUUGGCCAAACCGGUGCUGUCUCUCGGGCUCAUCUGUCUGGCCUUCCUCAACGGUCUGAACCGUGUGGCUGAAUACCGCAACCACUGGUCGGACGUCAUCGCUGGCUUUAUCCUUGGCACUGCCAUUGCCACUUUCCUGGUGGUGUGUGUGGUCCAUAACUUCAAAGGCAAGUUACUGCUGAGCAAGGAGUCACCAGCAGAGCAGCGGCCCAUCUCAGCCAUGCUGAACAUGGGCCGAGUAGAGAGUCCCCUGGAGAAGUACAUCGCCUCACAGAAUCACAUCGCCUUCGCUGAGGUCACAUGACGUGGAGUGUGGCAGACCCAUUGGACGUCAGCACUCUUCACUGUCCAAUCCAAUUAACUGGAGUGCAGCGCUAAACCCAUUCUCUAUGUUAGUCUGGUCUGCGGUAUGUUGUUCUAUGUUGUCUUUAUCAGGCCCCUGUUGUCAUUUGCACUUUCUUGUAUUCAAGGAAAAAAAAUAAUGAAAGAAGACUCAGUAACUCAGCAGGACAGGUUGCUUCUGCGUUCUCCAUCUAUGCACUUACUCUGAAUCCUUGACAGAUUCCAGCUUGUUGUGAGGCAAACCCCGAAGCGGACUUGUUGCACACUGUGGGACUCUAGAAGAAAAAGUUAAGAGCUAAAUUCACCAUCUCAACUCUGCCUAGGGUCAAACAUUUUCUUAUGGUUUGAUUAUUUUGUGUGUGAAACAGUAUGGUUCCAAAAGGAUGGCUGUAAGAAAAACUAUCCGGUCAGUAAGCUGAUUGAGAGUAUCCAAACAGAGAGGACGAUGGAAAACCCUCUCUUAUUAUGUUUAUAAAGCUGAUUUCCUCCGAAUGGAGGAAAUCAGCUCUACACAACAUUCAGAGGACUAUAUCAGAAUGUGACACUGACUUCUGAGACCAUAUUUAUUAAACCAAUUAAGGCUAAAUUUUGGACAUAAAAUGGAAGAUAAUACUAAAAAUCCUUAAACUCAUCCUAAUCCUAAACUCAAUUUAUUUUUACUUAAAAUGCUCCUGAAUUUAAGACAGCUCCAGUGGUCUCAUUAGUUUUUUAAGAGUAGCAUCAUAGGGUCCUAGAACAUCGUACAGAUGUAGAGGAGAGCACUGUUCAAUAUAUCAUUGGUCAUAAGGAACACAACAUUUACUCUAUCAAUAGGAGUUAAGUUCAGAUGUCCUUUUUUGCCUUUGUCUUUUACCUUGUGGAGGCAGGGUUUUCAUUAAAGAACUUUGAUGACAUAAAAAAUCAUGUUUUUGAUCAAUAACAAAGUGUCUGACUUUGCUGAGCUUUGAACGAACAAAGAGACAAACACCCCAGAAUACAGGCAGUUGUCAUAUUAACUGUCACACCAUUUAAUGUUAUAAAAACCUGAUCCAUAUAAACUGCUCCACAAAAGAAUCACGACUAGCAGUCAUCAGACAAGAAUUUAUGGCUCUAAUGUGUCUCUUGAAUAUACUACCUUUUUUCUGCUUAGCGAUUCAGCUUGUUGGCCUGCUUACUGGCAGCUUGGUGGGUUAUUGUGGCUGGCUAGUGUUAGCAUUUUCCCAGCUAGCAAGCAGUUAUCAGGUAGUUGGCCACCAAGCUUCCUGCACCAACUUUUCAAAGGGCCUGCAGGUGAAUUGCACUGUGCUGCUACCUGUAUUGUCUUAGCACUAAGACUGAAAUCAAUUUUGGUUGCAAUCUCUUUGCAUACACGUUUUUCUGUAUUCCCGUUUUUUUAAUCUGUUAUCACAUGUACCCAGUCUACCAUCAGCAGAAAUUGCUCCCUAGCUCCAGUUUGAUUUUCUUUUGGUUUCCAUUUAAGACAAUUUCAGGUAAUUUCAUCCCUGUUUACAGAUGGCACAUUACUUCCAUACAUUCUUAUUUUGAGAUUUGGGAAGUGUGUACAUUUGCUCCUUUGCAUCCUAGGAAUACCAACAACACCUUUCUGUCUAUAGACCCGUACAGACAUUUAUGUGUAUCUUUGGAAAACAUCAUGUUAGUUUUAUUUAUAUUUAGCACCAAGUCAUAACAGAAGUUAUCUCAGGGCACUUUUCAUUUAGAGCAGAUCUAGACUGUACUCUUUAUAAUAAUACUUACAGAGACAAAUUCCCGCAAUGAGCAACAACUUGGCAAGGAACAGUGGCAAGGAAAAACUCCCUUUUUAAAAAGCAGAAACCUUGAGCAGAACCAGGCUCAGGGUGGGUGGCCAUCUGCCUCGACUGAUUGGUUUUAGAGAGAAAGAGAGAGGGAGAGAGAGAGAAAGAAAGAAAGAGAGAGAGAGACACUCAGUCCCUCAGUCACUCAGCCUCAGUCCCUUUGCGUCUUUGUAAAUUCUAAUCAUAAUGUGUAAAAAUAAUUUACUAGCCUAAAUGUUUUAGGACAAAUAUGGGAAGAGUGAAUUAUAGAUCACAUCAAAAUAUAGUUUUUACCCAACACAUGGAGGUUGAUUUUCAGUGUCACUGGCGACUGAAAGAAAAUGGAACCGUCAGACAUUUGAUAUGUGUUUACUGCUAAAGGACAACCAACAAUGACAAAGUGGAAUGUUGGACAGACACAGGUCUGUCCAUGCCAGUAUUAAACUCCUUGUGGUGAUUGGGUUUUGGAUCAGCUUUGUUUUGCGAAAAUAACCCUGAUGAGUUUGUUUUAAAAAGUGAGGUAGUGAGAGAGGUUGGGGGAGUUUACUAGGCAGGGAGGUCUUGCAAGUCUCCCAACUUUUUUGAAGUGUAAUUCUUUAUCAAUUGAGUACUGUCUAAAUAACAACUAUUGGAACUUUGAUAAAUAUGGGCUCAGAUCAAAAUAGCAAAUAAGAAAAAAUGCUAACAUUAUGUGUUUGUAUUCAUUUGUCAUUUUGUUCUCCUGACAUCUCUAUGAGUAUUUAGGGUGCGUGCCCAAGAGUGGAUAUGUGUUUGUACACUGUAUAUGCAGUCAACUCCAACAAAUGAAAACACAAUACACUCUGACAAUAUACACACCAAACUGUCAGGGUUUCUUAGUCACACCAGACAAUCACCACCUCCUUCUCUCUUUCUUUUUAUUUCUCUGUUCCUCUUUAUCUAUAUUUUAUCUUUAUUUUUCCUCCUUAGAAAAUCUACAGUUGAGAUUUUUCCUCUUUUCUCAGAGGUAAUAUUUAUUCAUUGUCUGUGUCAUGAAACAAGCGACAUGGAGACAUGCUGGGCUGCCUUUACACUGGGGUAAGACUGUCUCUAUAAUUCUGUCUCACAGCUAGUCAGGACAUGAAAAUCUUUGAUCAUCGGCAAGGCUGCAUGUGUUUUUGUUGCACUAUUUU